UUCAAAUCCAACACCUGACUUUGAAUUCCUGAUAAAAGCAUCAGAAUCCGAUGCCACCCAGCCCAUUCCUCUCUCUCUCUCUCUCUCUCUCUCUACUGGGUUGAGCAGAGGGCGGCUGGGCAGGGUGGGGUGCUCUUGGAAUAUUCAUCGUUUUGGUUUUUUGUGCGUCAGUGGGAGUAGAACUUAGAAUCGUUAUCAGCAGAUAAGAAGGAGAGGUGCGUCUGGUUGAUGGCGAAGCGGAGCGCAGAGGAGAUGGCGACGGAGGCGGAUGUGGAGGAAGGAGAGAACGAGAACUCUCAUCAUCAUCCCUAUGCGUUCCAUGUCUCUGGACCUCGCAAUAUCUCCUCUCCUAACUGGAGAGACAUCAUCAAUUCCAGCUGGAAGGAUGGAAAUUACAAAAGGACGGUAAUUGCCUGCUUCAUUCAGGCAGUCUACUUGCUUGAACUGGACAGACAAGAGAACAGGACAGAAAAUGCUCUUGCCCCAAAAUGGUGGCUACCCUUUAAGUUCAAGCUUGCCCAAACUUUAAUUGAUGACAGAGAUGGGUCAAUAUUUGGUGCAAUUCUCGAAUGGGAUAGAUCUGCAGCCAUGGCUGACUUCAUACUCAUUAGACCUAGUGGUGCACCAAGGGCUGUAUUAGCACUCCGAGGGACAAUACUAAAAAGUCAAACAAUGAGAAGGGAUAUAGAGGAUGACUUCCGGUUUUUAGCAUGGGAAAGCUUAAAGGGCUCGGUCAGAUUUAAUGGCGCUUUGACAGCAUUGAAAUCCAUUGCUGAUAGGUAUGGAAGCAGCAACGUUUGCGUGGCAGGUCAUUCCUUAGGGGCCGGGUUUGCUCUCCAAGUUGGGAAAGCAUUAGCUAAAGAAGGGAUAUUUGUGGAGGCUCAUCUGUUUAAUCCACCCUCAGUUUCCCUAGCUAUGUGUCUAAGAAAUAUAGGAGAAAAAGCCGGCUUUGCUUGGAAGAGAUUUAAGUCCAUGCUUCCUUCAAGUGGCGGCGAAACUCAGGCUGGUGGCAUUGAGAUGGAGAGCAGCAGCACCUUUAUGGGGUUGAAGAAAUGGGUGCCUCAUCUGUAUGUGAACAAUAGCGAUUACAUUUGCUGCUAUUACACAGAUCGAGAAGGGGCAGAAGAGAAGCAGGCUGACAAAGAGAACAUCGGCCCCGGCCCCACGAAUGCCAAUGUGGCUGCCAAGCUUUUCGUGUUGUCCAAGGGCAAGCAGAAGUUUCUGGAGGCACACGGGCUGGAACAAUGGUGGUCCGAUGACUUGGAACUCCAACUGGCUCUCCAUAACAGCAAGCUCAUCACCAGACAGCUCAAAUCGCUAUACAGCCUCCCUGCUUCCGCACAAACAACACGAGGAGCCUAGCCUCAAUAGCCACUUCAUCUGUUGUUCAAAAAGAAAACUGUUUGCUUUCUCCUACAAUGCUGCCACCACCAUUCUUCUUGUUUUUGCGUGAAUCUAAGAUGUAUGUAAUGUUCAUCGGCUUUGUUUUCCCCUGACUAUGAUGAGCUUAUCAUACACACGCACACACACACACAUAUAUAUGUAUUGCCAAAUGCCAAAUAGCUGAAGCUGUUGCUGUAAUCUUAUCCAUUGAGCCACGGAGUCGGCUGAUGUCUCCCUUCAACUUUAUAUCGUCUCCUUUCUAGCUUUACUAUAAGACGAGUUCUACA